AUGCCCAGCGAUUCCAAAACGAAGAUCCGCCCGCAACAAUCGUGUCUCCGAUGUCGCGAGCGCAAAGUGAAGUGCGACCGCUCCAUUCCCUGCCAUGCCUGCAUAAUUCGCGGGCUCGAAGCAGAAUGCACAUAUUCAACGACUCCCGAAGACCGCGCCCACAUUAGUCAAUCCGAAAUCAUCAACCAGCUACGCCGCGAAGUCGCACAGCUGCGGGGGCGCCUGGACCAGCCGCCACGAGAGUUGAGUUGUAACAAACGUGCGAGCUCGGACCAAGCGAGCGGGAAGAGCAAGAAUAGGAGACAGCAUGCGCCCGUGGGUUAUAGCUACGGAAACCACACUCAUGGCCACGGCUCUGGAUAUGUGAUCAACGCUGGCGCUGGUUCCGCCGGGGGUACCCCUGAUGCUGGGGAAGGCAGCUGGCGCGGGUCGUCACCCUCCUCGUCCACGACCAUGACAAAUUCGGCGAUUGUUACGAGCCCCGAUAGCACGGGGAGUGAAAAUGGGGCUAGGCCGUCGUCUAUAUCGUCGCUAUCAGCUUCGGCUUCUGUCUCAACUUCGGCGUCGGCUUAUCCCAUCGCGACGGGGUAUGCGCCGCGGAUUGCGGAUUUGGAUGGGUCGGCUGUAAUCGACCCAUUUGCUUUUGGAAACGAUUCGAGAAUGUCCAAUUGUUAUACAGGAGACAUGUCCUUCGCCCCGGGGGACAUGGCUGGAACUGUCCCGGUCCAAAUGCACGGCUUUCCAGCGCACAGAAGAUACGCGCAAGAUGCAAUAAUAGGCGUACAACACCCGCCACUGUAUGGGGCCGAUCACGGCGAAUAUCUACUCGGCGGAAGGAAAGCGUCGCCAUAUUUACAAAAUACCCACUACCACACACCGGUACCGACUUCGACAAUCACACAUGACGGGGAGAAGUUCCCAAUAUCAAAUGAAUACGACAGCCGUCGUGCAUAUCAUCCAUGGGGGAUGGACACAUAUGGGAACCCGAAUUCGAGUCCGAACCAGUUGCCGCAUAUGCAUCCAUACCAAGCCCAGGCUCAUUAUUCGACUAUCAAUUCCUCCAAUACAGAUAUCGCCACCGCCAAUACAAAUAUCAAUGUCAAUAUAGAUGCGCAUCUCUCUCUGCCCACCCCGACACCCGUGGCAAGUGACACCUCAAGUCAUCCGAGCCCCAGUUCCCAGGACCGUCCUUCGCCAAGAACCAUUAUGAACUCCAUGUCGCGCUCUUGGAAGGUAGAAGGGAAACAGGAAAUGCUGGAGAUCCUGCUGGAAACGAUUGGCAGCUGUGAUGAGAAACAUUUGCCACAGGUGAUCCACGUCUUGCGGAUGAGUGCUUCACCCGAGGAGGCCGUGUCGGGGGUCUGUCGAGUUCUCGGCAUUGGGAAUGGACGGUGA